GGGAAAGCGCGUGCGGAAGUCGACGAGGUUGACGUUGUUGUGCGCGGCGACUCUCCGUCGUGCCUUGUCGCUGUAGGAAAGGACGCUGUCGGGGAAGCCGCCAGCAUGAAUGUGGGAGUAGCUCAUAGUGAGGUGAAUCCCAACACCCGAGUGAUGAACAGCCGGGGCAUUUGGCUGUCCUACUGCAUCUCAGUGGCUGCCCUCCAUGUCAUUCUUCUCAGCAUCCCCUUCUUCAGUGUCCCUGUGGUCUGGACUCUGACCAACGUCAUCCAUAACCUGGCAAUGUACUGGCUACUGCACACAGUGAAAGGAACGCCUUUUGAGACACCUGACCAGGGGAAGGAUCGCCUCCUCACACACUGGGAACAGAUUGACUAUGGUACACAAUGGACCUCCUCCCGCAAGUUCCUAAGCAUCUCACCAAUUGUGCUCUAUAUCUUAACCAGCUUUUAUACCAAGUAUGAUCCUGUGCACUUUGUAAUCAAUACCACCUCCUUGCUGAGCGUCCUUUUGCCCAAGCUGCCGCAGUUCCAUGGCGUCCGCAUCUUUGGCAUCAACAAAUACUGAAACAGUCUGAAUCUUGGUACUGCCGAGACUUUCUUCUUCCAAAGAAAAACCGCUCCUAGCAUUAAGAUCCUGUGGCAAAGACAUGAUCACACCAUUUGAAGCUCUGUACAACCAUGUCUGACUGAGUGGGGCGGAGAUAGCUCUAGUUGCUCACAGAACUGAGAACAGCAUUGAACUGUUUGUUCCUUGGAAGGCAAUUUCAACCAUUUUCCCUGUGGCUAAUGAACUGUUGGGCUGUUACCUCUUCUGGUGGAGUGAAACGAUAACUGAGCCCUCAGACGUGCAUGAAGUCUUCAGCUCUUCUGGCAAGACUUCUGUUUGAGAUGUUUCUGACUGGGAUCAGCUUCUGAGAAGGAGCCAUUCUGUGUAAACCCUUGUUUGUUUGUUCAUUCGUUCUUAGAAGUUCCCACUUCAAACAAGCUUGUGCUGCUGAGUUUUGUGUUUGUUCAAGGUGGGAAAGCCUCUGAAAGAGCUCUUACGAACAUGAACUAUCAUUCUGUGAUUACCUUAACUCUAAGGUUUACGCUCCUGAGCUCCACAAAUAUAUGUCUACUGCACUCCUUAAGUCAUUGUUCGUUAAGAAUAGAUCAGCUUUGACUAUAACUUUGUUCAUACUAGUGAAGUAUGAAUCCAGUAUGGAAGUUAGCUUCUGUGUCAUUUUUUAACUAGUCCUGGUUAUAAAGGAAAAAUGUAAGAUUGCACUAGUGUUGGAAUACUCAAAUUAAACUAUAGCUUUUGUCAGUG